ACAUUGUUUUUAUCAACAGCGGUCACACUACAUAUUCAAGGAUGGGUUCGAGUAUCUCCGCAGUGCCUGGUCUUCUCGCAGGAACGAGAAUCUCUCCAAAUCCCUCUUUAAAAGCGCUCUCUCCCUCUCUUUUUCCAACCAGCCAUUUCCGCGGUUCACUCCCACUCCCAGGCGACGUAAGGGCAAACCUCUUCUCUCCCCUUCCCCAAGUUUACAGACAAUGUUUGUUUGCUCUCUAUUGUCGUCUUUUCUACUGGUCGUGUCGGUUCUCGCAGCCCCGGCAACGGUCACCAACCCCAAUAAAUCUGAAAGUCCUGCAACUUCAGUCGCUUUCAAAGGUUUCGACUGGGGCGAUCUGCGUAAUAUCUUGUGCGAACUCGCCAUCGCCAAGAAUUUCUGUCCAAGGGCACCGGCAGACGGGCUGAAUAUUCUAACACCUAUUGGAACUGCAAGGGGGACGUUUGCGUCUGGUGCCAACAGGUUUGCAGUCAGAUACGCUUCGGCCAAUCGAUGGGCACCAUCUACUGUUGCGACAACUUGGCAGUUUCCUAAUGGUGCUUCCGACCCCUCGACUAUGCCUCUAGCAUGUCCACAACCGCAAAUGGACUCGUCCUCGUAUUCGGAGGAUUGUCUGUCCAUGGUUUUGUACGUGCCAACUUUUCUCCACAAGGACAGUAAAGCACCUGUCAUGGUCUGGAUACACGGUGGAUCAUUCGUUACUGGCUCUGUCUUAAAUGCAGGACUAGAUGGAUCGAAACUAGCUAUGGCAACUGGUUCGAUUGUUGUUGUAAUUCAGUACCGUCUCGGUGCUGUGAGUUAGUUCAUCCUUCGACUUUUUCUCUCUCUUAAUGCCGCUGCUCAGCUUGGAUUCUUGGGUCCAGAAUCCAACCUAGGAGCCAAAGAUGUCGUCAAUGCACUCCAUUUCUUGAAAGACAACAUCGGUCCUUUCGGUGGUGAUGGUUCUAAAAUCACUCUCGCUGGGCAAAGUUCCGGAGCCAACAUGAUUCGUGCACUUUUGGCUGCUCCUUCUGCCCAACCGCUUUUCCGCUCGGCCUCACUCCAUUCAGACCCUAUGGGCUAUGGGUUCUUGACCCCCAGUGUUCGACAGGACCUCGUCAACAGUUUCCUCGAGAAGAUCCAAUGCAGUGCAUCAGACACAUCCUGCCUGAACUCUGCAUCGUUGAACUCGAUUGUCGACGCUACAUCCUCGGUCAAUGACAAUGGUCAAUCGAUCAACGCUGCAGCUGGUAUUGGCGAGCCUAUCCGGGUCGUCAGAGACGGUUCCUUCAUCACAAGUCCCUUGGAUUCCACAGCUCCAUUUCCACAUGUCAACAAACCCCUCCUAAUAUCCACCGUCAAAAAUGAAGCCACCGUAACCGUGUACUCCAUGUUCGGUUCCCCCACACCCAACUCGGCAUUCCUACCGGUGUGUGAUGCGAUACUCGGGCCCAAUCGUACCGACACGAUCAUAAGCUCCGAUGUUUACCCACAGAACAAGCUCUCUGAUGGCUCUGAGGAUUCUAGGAUCGUGUUGGAGGACGUUGGCACUGAUCAGAUGUGGAGAUGUCCUUCUUGGACGUUUGCGAGGAACUGGGUUCAAAACGGUGGAAGGGCCUUUGUGGGAGUCUAUACUCUUGGAGCUACUUAUCCUUCAAACGAGGGGUUUUCUAUCUGCUCUCAGGAUGGACAGGUCUGUCAUGAGGAUGACAUCGAAAUUGUGUUCGGCACCGUUUCGAAUCCAACUUCUUCUCAGACGGCUCUGAUUAACGAGGUCCAAGCUCGUUAUAGAGCUUUCCUCAAUUCCGGUGACCCCAACGCUCCAGGUCUCUCUCCAUGGCAGGCAUCGACAUCUACUAUAACCCCGCUCAACUUGGGCGGUGUGGGCAUCAUCUCGACCGAAGCUUGUGAUCCUUCUUUCUGGGGAGCUGCGGUCCCUUUUGAUUAUCAGAUCUUUGGUCUUUGAAAAUCAUGAAUUAUUUUACUAAACCGGCUUCUAUCAAGCACAAACGAAUCUACUGUAACUCCUCACCCUUUAAUCUUCUCUCCCUAUUUACCGCUUUAGUCUGCUAUCAAGUUUUGUGUUUGUACACGAUUUUUUCACGGGUUCAUGAGACGUUUUCGUCUACGCAUUUAUUCUUUAUAUACGACUAUUGACGCCAACUGUAUCCAUAAUGAUUGUUGCUUACUCUUUUAUUCUAUUCCCCGUUCUUUUCUUGUAGCCUAACCUUUAAAACCUGU